AUGAAUAUCAAUUCUUUCUCAGAUGAUAGUGAUCUAUUAGAUCUUGAUGUAGAUCAGGAUGAUCAACUUGAGGAACAAACAGAAGUUUUUGUGACGGGAUUCACACCGUUCUUCGCCAACUACAGAAGAGAACCAGACAUGCAAAGAAUGGAACUACCCGCGAAGAACUUGACAAAUGAAGCAAUAGAAAAAGCAAACCUGCUUCGCAAAUUGCAUGAACAAUUGGUAUUAGACAUCGAUUUUGUGGCAAAACGAGUCAAAGAAUACUACGAUAAAAGGCACCAGGAGGCACCUCAGUUUAAAGAGGGGGAGAAAGUGUUUCUGCUACAACAAAACAUUAAAACCAAGAGGCCAAGUGACAAAUUGGACUUUAAGAAACUAGGACCCUUCGAAAUUUUACAGAAAACUGAACCAGUUAAUUACAAACUCCGAUUACCGGACACUGUGCCUAUACACCCGAAUUUCCAUGUCUCACUACUGGAAAAAGCACCUGGAAAUGCACAACAAUACAAAACAGAAGUCGACAAUGAAGAGCAAGAAUAUGAGGUCGAAACGAUACUAGAAAAACAGAGAAUUAGCAAUAAGCACUACUACCUAGUGAAAUGGAAAGGAUAUGAUACCUCAGAGAAUACUUGGGAACCAGAGGAAAAUCUCAAGAAUGCUCGGAAGAAAGUCGAACACUAUGAUCAGAAGGAUCAAGCACGGAAAGGUCAAGCGAAGGAAGAUCACCAGAAUCGAUAG